AAUCCUUACUGGAACGAGUGCGAAAUGUGUCUUGCUGCCCGAUGUUCAUCCUCGCCAUGGCUCGUCCCCAUAUGACGAUUCUGGGUGCUAAAUACUAAUCGUACAACCACUGACCAAUUUCUUGUGGCUUGGUGGAGACCCUUCUUACGAAACUACGAUAUGGCAUGUUGCCAAAGUUUUUCAUGUUUUGCGCAAAUGCUUGAGGAUUACUAUGUGGGUCUUCGGCAAUCUGAUGUUCCACACCCCACGACUUUUCCCUCACGUCACCGCCCAUGGUUCACCUGAAAAAAGGCUACGAUAUACCGCCUCUCCAGACAACUAGAACAUCCACUCUUCAGAGCUGUUUGCAUGGAUGACGGACGACCGUUUGCCGUUAAGUUCGUUCAUCGCUAUUGUGAAGAUGCCCACCGCCUUCUUGCACAGAUUGGGCGUGCACCUACCCUUCACCAUUGCGGGUCAAUCGGUGCGGGCAUCAUCAUAGUUGCGAUGGAUUUUCUUAAUGAGUGUCAGGAUUCUCAUUCGAGGUACCCCAGUGGCCUGCUUCCUGCUCGCCUCCUCCAGGAUGUGAAGGAGGCUGUCGAACUUAUACACAAGAAUAAGAUCGUGCAUGGCGACCUGAGGCAGCCUAACAUUAUGAUUUGGUCUCACAAAGAAGAUACCACAGAUGAAGCCAGAAGGGAGGAGCAUGCAAUGCUAGUGGAUUUUGAUUGGUGUGGGAGGGUGGUGAAGCGCGCUACCCGUCUACCUUAUAUGAUCCUGGGGAUAUUACGUGGCAUCCAGAUGUAGGACAUGACGGAAUUAUGUGGACGGAGCAUGACGUUUUACGUUAAGGAGGGCAGGUGGGAAGAUGCCUUUGCAUGCCACAAAGAGGCACCAUAUGCACUCGUCGGCGAGCGAAAUAGGCUCAACUGUUUCGUGGGCUAGUGACCAUAAGGACGUGAGGGUUUUUGUUACAAACACCACACUAAACUUGUACAUGUGUGGAAC